AUGGCAGGGAAGGGGAUAAAACCUAAUUUUGAUGACAAGAAACAUCUUGAGAAAAUAAAAGAAGGAACUGGAGAACUUAACCAUACAUUUCAGGAUGCAUCAAGCACCUACAGAGCUCAAUAUUUCCAAUAUAAAGCACCUACAGAGCUCAACAUCUCCAAUAUAGAGCACCUACAGAGCUCAACAUCUCAAAUAAAGAGCACCUACAGAGCUCAACAUCUCCAAUACAGAGCACCUACAGAGCUCAACAUCUCAAAUACAGAGCACCUACAGAGCUCAACAUCUCAAAUACAGAGCACCUACAGAGCUCAACAUCUCCAAUACAGAGCACCUACAGAGCUCAACAUCUCAAAUACAGAGCACCUACAGAGCUCAACAUCUCAAAUACAGAGCACCUACAGAGCUCAACAUCUCCAAUACAGAGCACCUACAGAGCUCAACAUCUCAAAUACAGAGCACCUACAGAGCUCAACAUCUCCAAUACAGAGCACCUACAGAGCUCAACAUCUCCAAGUACCAACAGAGCUCAACAUCUGCAAUACAGAGCACCUACAGAGCUCAACAUCUCCAAUACAGAGUACCUACAGAGCUCAACAUCUCCAAUAUAGAGCACCUACAGAGCUCAACAUCUCCAAUAUAGAGUACCUACAGAGCUCAACAUCUGCAAUACAGAGCACCUACAGAGCUCAACAUCUCCAAUAUACAGCACCUACAGAGCUCAACAUCUUCAAAAUAAAGCACCUACAGAGCUCAACAUCUCCAAUACAGAGCACCCAUAGAGCUCAACACCUCCAAUAUAGAGCACCCAAAGAGCUCAACAUCUCCAAUAUACAGCACCUACUGAGCUCAACACCUCCAAUAUAG